UGCCCCUACCAAGCCCAUCCCUACCCAACCCCUCAUAUCCGCCGGCUGCAGGGAGCUUGUGAGGCAGCCGCGGCAGCCGGUUGGUGGAAGAGGGUUGGUCAGUGCCGAGAGAGAGCUGGAAGACGAGGCUUAGAAGAGGAGGCAUUGAGGAAAGUGUCAUAAGAAAAUAAAGAAGAAAACAACAACAACAACAACAACAUCAACAACAGCUGAUCCACCACCACCACCACCACCACAACAACAGCAACAACAACAACAACAGCUGAUCCACCACCAAAACAACAAAAAACAAAAACAAAAACAAAAAACAGCUGAUCCGCAAACGUCAACACCGCGUCAACAGCUGAUCACCAAAACACAGGAGUCAUGGCCGAGCAGGAACCCGUUGCCGACAUCGCCCUCAUCGGCCUGGCGGUGAUGGGGCAGAAUCUGAUCCUCAAUAUGGACGAUCACGGGUGGGUGGUGUGCGCCUUCAACAGAACGACGGAGAAGGUGGACAGCUUCCUAGCGCGUGAGGCCAAGGGGACAAAAGUGGUGGGCGCUCACUCCCUGCCCGAGAUGGUGGCCAAGCUGAAGAAGCCCAGGAGGGUCAUGCUUCUUGUCAAGGCCGGCGCUGCAGUGGACGGUUUCAUUGAGAAGCUAAUCCCUCUGCUGGAGAAGGGCGACAUCAUCAUCGACGGAGGGAACUCUGAGUACCAGGACACCCAGCGGAGAUGUCACCAGCUGGCAGAACACGGCCUGCUGUUCGUGGGGUCAGGAGUGUCCGGGGGUGAGGAGGGGGCACGCUAUGGCCCUUCACUCAUGCCUGGGGGCCACCGUGAUGCCUGGCCACACAUACAGCCCAUCUUCCAGAGCAUCUGCGCCAAGUCCGGGGAUGAGCCGUGCUGUGACUGGGUGGGGGAGGACGGCGCCGGCCACUACGUCAAGAUGGUGCACAACGGCAUUGAGUACGGGGACAUGCAGCUCAUCUGUGAGGCCUACCACCUCAUGAAGGGGGCCCUCGGCAUGACGUGUGACGAGAUGAGUGAGGUGUUUGCGGAGUGGAACAAGGGUGAGCUGGACUCCUUCCUCAUCGAGAUCACCGCCAACAUCCUCGCUUUCAAGGAUACAGAUGGUGAGCCGCUGGUGGAGAAGAUAAGGGAUGCGGCGGGCCAGAAAGGGACCGGGAAGUGGACGGCUAUCUCAGGUCUGGAGUACGGCACACCCACUACCCUCAUCGCCGAGUCUGUGUUCGCUCGCUGCCUCUCGGCCCUCAAGGACGAGCGAGUGAAGGCCAGCAGCGUUCUCACCGGGCCAGAGAGCUCCACGUAUUCCGGCGACAAGGAGGAGUUUGUGGAGAACAUCAGGAAGGCCCUGUACGCCAGCAAGAUCGUGUCCUACGCCCAGGGCUUCAUGCUGCUGAGGGAGGCGGCGGCUAAGUUUGGCUGGAACCUCAACUAUGGCGGGAUUGCUCUCAUGUGGCGCGGCGGCUGCAUCAUCCGCAGUGUGUUCCUGGGCAAGAUCAAGGACGCCUUCGACACCAACCCUCACCUGACCAACCUGCUGCUGGACGACUUCUUCCGUGACGCAGUGGGCCGGUGUCAGGCUGGGUGGAGGGCGGUGGUGGCCCAGAGUGCCCUCCUCGGCAUCCCUGCUCCGGCACUCAACUCAGCGCUGGCGUUCUAUGAUGGUUACCGGUCUGACGUGCUCCCUGCCAACUUGAUUCAGGCCCAGAGAGAUUACUUCGGAGCCCACACCUACGAGCUGGCCGCCUCCCCUGGCAAGUUCCACCACACCAACUGGACGGGCACAGGAGGGGACGUGUCUUCCUCCUCCUACAAUGCCUAGUGCGGCUGUGUUGGUGUCCGCCGCAGCAAUGCCUUCCCUGCCACCUCCUGCUCCACCUGAACUUCACUCCUUAGUCAUUUUACACAUUUCCUACACCCUUCACCUUUUCCCCUCCUCAGCUCCUUUGACUCAUGUAUUUAGAGAAGCUGUGAAGUGCUCCCAUCCCCCACUCCCCACCAUGGCAAUACCUUCCCUUUGCCUCUUCACUUCUCUCUCAAAGUUCCCAUUAUCUUCCUCACCCCUUUCCCUCUUAAAGUAAACCCCCACCUUUUUAUCACCUCCAUUCCAGUACCCUCUUCCAUACGCUGCUCUCUGACACCUUAAAAUUCUGUCCUUAUCGUACAUGUAAACUGAGUCAAUGUGGGUUUCCUUUCUCUGGACACAAAUACACAGACAGCUCCGUUACAAUGCACAGUUUACACAUUUACAUUUUUUUCCGCCGACACAGAACUGACAUCACCCUUACAGACACUCUUUUUACAAACCUAAGGCACAACACAGAUGCUACACCCCCCAACAAGCUUCCCACAUGAGCCCACACCCCAGACACUACAUAUACUCCAGCUCUUCCAGCACCAGACAACUAUACUAGUGGUGCAGAGGUCCUCAUUCUGGCAACACACUGCCCUAAAGUGCCUCAUGUGAAGAAUGGUGCAGUACAGGGAAAGGUGACCUCCAGCCCUACUCCCUAAAGGUUAUACUACUAUUUCUUGUGCACUGUGAGAGGUAUAGGAAGGAACAAGAGGACUGGAGCAGGCAAGGACAUAGAGAUAGGACCAGACUUUCUGCUGCGACCAACUCCUUUGAGGGAGAUAAAAGCAGAAGGUAUGAAAAGUUAACCUAUGUGAUCUCUUUACUUCCCAUUGUAAGCAUGUGUUUCAAGAAUGAUGUGAUGGGCCACAGAGUCCCAGUGGAUGCGAAAAAAUAAUCUAGUGUCUUAGAAACAAGUGCUAUUAGUUAUGGUAGUUGAAGUUGUACUAGAGGUUUAUUUAGUAUUAAUAUCGGCUGUUCUAUGUACGGAUGCCACUAAGCAUUGGCUGUCCUCGGAGAUACACAAACAUUCCAUCAAUACGAGGAAACAUUCUGAAAACGCUCCCACAUUCCAUAAAAAAAAGAGUGAGAUGGUUGUAUUUAGAUAUAAUGAUACUUGGAUGGUUUUUUUGUACACGUUUAUGUAUACACAGAAAUGCAAAUAUGUAUAUACGUCCUUGGCAAGAAGAGAGUAAGUAGAUAAAGAGUUAGCAGCACCCUUUGUUAUCACUCAGACAGGAUGCUUGAGAGUUUUGCAUUGAGGUACUGGAACAAUCAUGAGAGUUUUGCAUUGAGUUACUGGAAUAAUCAUGAGAGUUUUGCAUUGAGAUACUGGAACAAUCAUGAGAGUUUUGCAUUGAGUUACUGGAAUAUAGAUGAUCUUUAUGCUGGGGAGAGUCAAGACACAAAGGUACAGAGAAUUUUUUACCUUCUCUCUCGAAGAUAAAAUUCUGCCAAGACUUUCUAUUUCUAAGUAGAGAUACAGUAUUAUAUCCUUGCCCUAAAUAGAUUAUAUAAAAAAAGAUAACUUGCAUUCCAACUGUCUCUAAUACUUCAAUCAGUGCAGUAAGAGUGACUAGAUAAUUCACACUAUAAUACCUUAGCCUAAAUAGCUGCGUGUGUUUUCGACAAAUCUCGUCUGGCCAUAACUUUUUUUAAUCCAUUGUGGUGAAGGAUUCUGAGCUACACAGUCUUCUUGCAUCAAAUAAAUGGUCUCCUUGGUGUAACAUUUCCAGUCUACGGCCAGAGUGUUAAGUGUGUCAUCCUUAGCGGUAAUGACUGUCUUGUGUGAGUAUCUGUGUUUCGACUAAAAAGUGUAAUUCUGUGCAUUAAAGUGUACUGCCUUCA